CCAAGUACCCGGAGAGCAGCGUUCAGGGCUUCACCGGAAGACUUUUUCACUUUUGUAAGUUACUCUCGCGCAAGAACUGCUCGCAAAACUGAUGAUACACGCAAAAAAAAGUGUACAGCAAGUUAAUUGGGCUAAAGUUGCUGUGUUAAACUUGGGAAGAUGACUUUUUGCAAGACCUGGUGUGCUGUACUCCUGCUGCCUGUACUGAUAUCAGCCCAGUAUCAAGGGGACAACGGAAUAGUCGUCCCGGAGCAUGGAUUUUGUCAGCCGAUUUCAAUACCACUGUGCACGGACAUCGCCUAUAAUCAAACCAUCAUGCCUAAUUUAGUGGGCCAUUACAACCAGGACGACGCAGGACUCGAGGUGCACCAGUUUUACCCUCUUGUAAAGGUACAGUGCUCGCCGGAGUUGAAAUUUUUCCUGUGCUCCAUGUACGCGCCUGUGUGCACGGUGCUGGAGAAGGCCAUUCCUCCCUGCAGGUCAAUCUGCGAGAGAGCCAAACAGGGCUGUGAGGCUCUCAUGAACAAGUUUGGCUUCCAGUGGCCGGAGCGACUGCGCUGCGAGAACUUCCCCGUGCUGGGAGACGGACAGAUCUGUGUGGGCCAAAACGAUUCCUCCGCCGCCACCGUCCCACCCAUCAUGCCUGUCCCGGGGACCCAGGACGUCUCCCUUGUCCCCUCCCAUGAGAGGCCUUUUCGCUGCCCGACUGUUCUGAAAGUACCACCAUAUUUGAAUUAUAAGUUUUUAGACGUGCAGGACUGUGCAGCUCCCUGUGAGCCCUCAAGGGGCGGUGGGAACAUGUUUUUCACUGACAAAGAAAUCCAUUUCUCCCGCAUAUGGAUUCUGGUCUGGUCUGUGCUUUGUUGUGCAUCUACAUUAUUCACUGUAACCACCUAUUUAGUCGACAUGCAGCGCUUCAGAUACCCUGAGCGUCCUAUCAUCUUCCUGUCUGGCUGUUACACUAUGGUCUCCAUCGCUUACAUCGCUGGCUACUUCCUGGGAGACAAAGUGGUGUGCAAUGAAAGCUUCAACCCAGAAGGCUAUAAAACCAUCGUACAAGGCACCAAAAAGGAGGGUUGCACCAUCCUCUUCAUGAUGCUCUACUUCUUCAGCAUGGCCAGCUCCAUCUGGUGGGUCAUCCUGUCCCUCACCUGGUUCCUAGCAGCAGGUAUGAAGUGGGGGCAUGAGGCUAUUGAGGCCAACUCUCAGUAUUUUCACCUGGCAGCCUGGGCGGUACCCGCCGUCAAGACCAUCAGCAUCCUGGCCAUCGGGCAGAUCGAGGGCGACGUGCUCAGCGGCGUUUGCUUCGUGAGUCUCAGCAGCCUGGAUCCCCUGCGAGGCUUCGUGUUGGCCCCUCUCUUCAUUUACCUUUUCAUCGGAACCUCUUUCUUGCUGGCCGGCUUUGUGUCACUGUUCCGAAUCCGCACCAUCAUGAAACACGAUGGCACCAAGACAGAAAAGCUGGAACGACUCAUGGUGCGGAUCGGGGUAUUCAGCGUGCUCUACACCGUCCCCGCCACCAUUGUUAUCGCCUGCGUUUUCUACGAGCAGGCCUUCCGCCCCCACUGGGAGCGCAGCUGGGUCAGCCAUAACUGCAGAAGCCUGGCCAUCCCUUGCCCGCUGCAGACCGGGCCCCGGAUGACUCCAGACUUCACUGUCUACAUGAUCAAGUACCUGAUGACUCUGAUAGUGGGGAUCACCUCUGGUUUCUGGAUUUGGUCUGGAAAGACUCUACACUCCUGGCAUAAGUUUUACACAAGGCUGACAAAUGGCAAACAUGGAGAGACCACUGUGUAGAAUAAAGGGACAUCCAAAUGUUGCUGGGACUAAUGUGUGUAUUAUUACCUGUUUCUCAUGUGAUAGGUAAGUAGCACAGUGUGUAGCUAUAGGUCCUUACAGCGUCUCUAUCCACCUCAGCUUUAUAGCCACACAUGCAUGCCAAACUGAGGGUCAGGGUUUGACAAAAGGGCAAGCUGGAUAAAUAAGGACCGAGCCUGACUGUCUGAACAAAUAACAAGCAUGGCUAUGGAUGCCAUGUGCUGAACUGCUCUCCUUCCCCCUCUCUUAAAGCCACCAUAAGCUCAAAGAGAGUGAUGAUCCUGCAGCCAAGAACACAGACAGCGCGGGGGGGAGGGGAGGGGGGGGGGGUCUCUGUUAACAUUUCAUAUGUAAUUAAAUGAAACUGUAAAUAGUAUUUGUAAAAACAUGAAAUUAUAUAUUUGUAUUUAUAGAAAGUAAAUACUUUUUCUUAUCCGCCAGUGUACCUGCUUUACUUUUGCACUGUAAGAAUGCCACGUACCAUAGAUCUAGACAUGCUCCUUUUUUUAAUUCAUUCACUGCUGGUUAUGAAUUACAUUGUUUUUUAUGCAUUAAACAAACAUUUCUGUCUGUCGGAUGAUAUCCAAGAAGCUUUUUCAGUUAAGCGUACUGACUGUACUAUCACUCCUUUUUAACAAAAAACAUGUGCUGAGACCAGUGGUGGAAAUUAAAUAAGUUCCUUUACUCAAGUACUGCACAUAAGAACAAUUUUGACAUACUUGUACUUGAAUAUUUUAAUGUUAUGCUGCUUUAAUCUACUACUCCACUACAACCCUGAGGGAAAUAUGAUACUUUUUACUACAC